AUGAGAAGAGUCACACAGAACUUAAUGGAAGCCUCAACUAGAAGUGUCAUACAGAACUUAAUGGAAGCCUCAACUAGAAAUGUCACACAGAACUUAACGGAAGCCUCAACUAGAAGUGUCACACAGAACUUAAUGGAAGCCUCAACUAGAAGUGUCACACAGAACUUAAUGGAAGCCUCAACUAGAAGUGUCACACAGAACUUAAUGGAAGCCUCAUCUAGAAGUAUCACACAGAACUUAAUGGAAGCCUCAACUAGAAGUGUCACACAGAACUUAAUGGAAGCCUCAACUAGAAGUGUCACACAGAACUUAAUGGAAGCCUCAACUAGAAGUGUCACACAGAACUUAAUGGAAGCCUCAACUAGAAGUGUCACACAGAACUUAAUGGAAGCCUCAACUAGAAGUGUCACACAGAACUUAAUGGAAGCCUCAUCUAGAAGUAUCACACAGAACUUAAUGGAAGCCUCAACUAGAAGUGUCACACAUAACUUAAUGGAAGCCUCAACUAGAAGUGUCACACAGAACUUAAUGGAAGCCUCAACUAGAAGUGUCACACAUAACUUAAUGGAAGCCUCAACUAGAAGUGUCACACAGAACUUAAUGGAAGCCUCAACUAGAAGUGUCACACAUAACUUAAUGGAAGCAUCAACUAGAAGAGUCACACAGAACUUAAUGGAAGCCUCAACUAGAAGUGUCAUACAGAACUUAAUGGAAGCCUCAACUAGAAGUGUCAUACAGAACUAA